AUGUCCCACUUCAAGUACAGGAAUCAAACCACAGACAUCUGCAACGCUGCCGCGCUCGACGCAUUCGCUAUGUACUCAAACUACUCAGUUCCGCUUGCUCUGCUGUUUGCUCUGCUACUGAGUUUCCAGACUGCGCGUGCCCUCAAAGCUGCAGAUGAAUACGCGGUUUCGCCAGACCUCAUCCCUGGGCUUUCUCAAGCCGAAGACCGCGCCUUAGUCCCCACGAUGCACGCCGGUCACAUUCCUCUAGAUGAAAACAAUGAUGAGCAUACCAAGAACUACUUCUUCUGGAAGUUCCACGAUGAGUCUGGUAGCGCCAGCGGCCCUGCCCGCGACACACUCAUCUUCUGGCUGAACGGCGGUCCUGGCUGUUCGUCUAUGGAUGGCGCGUUGAUGGAGAGCGGGGCACUCAGAAUAGACUCUGACGGCAAAGCUUACCUCAACAGAGGCGGCUGGCACACCAGAGGCGAUAUCGUUUUUGUUGACCAGCCAGCCGGUACUGGCUUUUCUACCGUUGCUUCAGACAAUGACUAUGACAACGACUUGAAGGUCGUGUCGGAGCACUUUGUCGCGUUCCUCCGCAACUACUUUCAGGUUUUUCCCGAUGACGCCGGUAAGCAGGUUGUCUUUGCUGGCGAAAGCUACGCCGGCCAGUUUAUUCCAUAUUUUGCUCGUGCAGUUCUCGACCAAGACGAGGUCCAAGUUAACCUCCAGGCGCUUUUGAUCGGGAAUGGCUGGAUAGACCCAAACCAGCAGUCCCUAUACUAUAUCCCGUUCGCCGUUGAGAAGGGAUUGAUUACGCAGGAUGACCCCAGCUUCAGUUACCUCUUAAAACAACAGGAAAACUGUCAAAAUAAGAUUAAUUCAAAAGAGAAUGAUCGCUUCUCCUUCAAGGAGUGUGAGAACAUACUGAACAACCUCCUGGAGGUUACCAGAAAAAUCAAGGACUCCGAGGGUAAAAAAGUACCUUCAGACCAGCAGUGUAUUAACAUGUACGACCUGAGGCUCAAGGACUCCUAUCCAUCCUGCGGUAUGAACUGGCCUCAAGACCUUCCUAACCUAGGCAAGUUCUUUGGAACAGAAGGUGUUUUGGAGGCUUUGCACCUGGACCCAGAACAUGUUUCUCAAUGGCAUGAAUGCGAUGACAAGGUCUCCAACUACUUGAAAAACCCAGAUUCCAGGGCCUCUGCUGCGAUUCUACCGGGGCUGCUCGAAGCCGGUUUGGAAGUCAUGCUUUUCAAUGGUGAUCAAGACAUUAUAUGCAACAACAUGGGCGUCGAGGCCGUAAUCAGCCAAAUGUCUUGGGGUGGCGAGACUGGCUUCUCUGAAAACGUUCAACUGUAUGACUGGGUUUACAGGUCCCCAGAAAAUUCCGAAAUUACUCCAGCGGGGUUUGUAAAGUACGACAGGAACUUGACCUUCAUGAGCGUCUAUAAUGCUUCCCACAUGGUGCCUUUCGACAAUGCCCUUGUUAGCCGGGGGGUGGUUGACCUUUUCCUAAAUGAUGUGGAUCUCGUUCAAAUAGAUGGCCGCGACACUCUCAUCACCGAUGAUGUUAACAAAGGUAAAGACGGCGACGCCAGCGAGACCGAUGAUACUACUGAGUUAGAUUGUGAGGGAAAAGAUAAGCUUUCUGAAGAAUGUAAACAGCUCAACGCCUCAAAGGGACAAAAUGGUGAGAGCGACAAGGAUGAAGGGGAGAAAGGUAACGAAGAGGACGAUAAUGACGAUACAGAAGACGGCAAAAAGGACGCCGGCGAUGAAAAGGACGACGGCGAAAAGGACGACGACGAAAAGGACGGUGACGAAAAGGACGGUGACGAAAAGGACGAAGAAGAUGAUGACGACAAGGACGAAAACGAAAAGGACGAAGAAGAUGAUGACAAGGACGGUGACAAACCAGAAGGCAAAAAUAAUGAUGGCGCCGAGGAUGAGGACGAUGACCACAAUAGCGGUUCUCAUCUUGCAGUCACUAUGAUAUGCCUGUUGGUAUCUGGUACCAUAAUCGGAGGCCUCUACUUCACGUUCCGUGACCGCUUCAGGCCUAGGCUUCGUGCGAUUCUCGUUGAUCCAACUAACAGAUCUGAGGCAAGCAAGAAAACUGUCUCUUGGGCUGCGGACUUGGAACAAGACGCCGCUGACUUGUCAAAUCCUGAAAAUGGGGCAAAGAAAAAGGGUCCCUACACAAGUGUUCCCACGCAAGAGUCUCGAGACUCUUUUGAGUUAGAUAAUUUAUAA